AUGAACGUGAAACUAGCGCACAUCGCAGUAUUCAAUUUUCUAGUGUUCUUGUUUUCAUUCAGUUUAUUUUGCUACGGAUUUUUUCCGCUAUCAUUUUCGCCUUCCACAAAAUCUAGCUUGAACGAAUUGCCUCGGAGUGUGGAAAAUGCGAGCGUUGAUACAAACAGUUACAAACCUCGUAUAUCCCGGGCGGUGUUUAUGCUUAUCGAUGCGUUGCGGGUGGACUUUAUCGAACAGGAAGCCAAUUUUAAAUUCCUCAACAAGCUAGUAGACGACGGCAAAGCAUGUCUUUACCGACUAAAGGUGCACCCACCGACGGUGACGAUGCCCCGGAUAAAAGCCAUGACCUCCGGUGCCAUACCAAGCUUUCUGGACGUAAUACUAAACCUGGGCAGUCCCGAAAUGAAGCUGGAUACGUUUCUCUACCAGAUGAAGCAACGUCAACAGAAGACCGUAUUCUAUGGGGACAAUACAUGGACCAAUAUGUUCCCGGAUAUGUUCCAUCGGCAGGGAGAGAAUGUAGAUUCACUGUAUGUGAAUGAUUUUUAUGAGGGCGAUCAAAACAUAACAAAAUUUCUAAAUUUAGAACUACAAAUGUAUGACUGGAAACUAAUGAUAUUACAUUACCUUGGCUUGGACCACAUUGGACACGUGGAAGGACCAUUCAGCGACAAAGUGCCGGGAAAGUUACAGGAAAUGGAUCAAGUUGUAGAGACUAUUUAUCAAACCAUGCAUAAAUGGGAAAAAAAGUAUUUCACAAAACCAUUACUGAUCAUAACCGGUGAUCAUGGUAUGCGGGACUCUGGUGGCCAUGGAGGAUCGACCCAACCGGAAACUAUUGUGCCACUAGUCGUCGUCAGCGAUCAGUGUCGCAAGAGUGAUGAGAUAUUCUUGCAAAUAGAUUUAGCCCCAACGAUGUCCAUUCUCACGGGUGUUGCAAUACCACAUGCUUCCAUCGGGUCAGUGAUUGAACCAGUGCUCCAGGGAUUGGACAACGAAGAUAAGCUCUAUGCAUUGUACUAUAACACCCAAAGACUCAUCAGCAAAACGGAAUUAAUUAUGAUGGAUAGAUUGCAUGCAACAGAUAUGUACAAGAAUUUUGAAGAAGCGAAAAGACUACACGUUUCGUUUAUGAAAGAUACAACGAACAUUGCAUCGUACAAAAGAGCGCUAAUGCUGUACUCAUCGGCAGCCAAAAAGCUGACCGAACAGCUUAUUACCAGUUACAUUCGGUACGAUUUGGUAUUCAUCGUAAUUGGAGCCACGCUGAGUAUUUCGUGUACCGUUAUGGCGUUUUUCCAAAUUUUACAAACUCCAAGCACGGAAACGAUUUCUUUGCAUCCCAAACUGUUUCCAGCCGUUUGUUUGUGCAUAAUUACUUUUGUAUUUCUUAAGAUACUAUCCUUUGAGAAACAGUUAUCCGUUCCAAAUUAUGCGUUAGAUGCUGCUCUAGUCGGCCUAGCCUCAAUUCUUUCCACUAUCUGGUGGUUAAUAUUGGUUCUUUUGAAAGGCAUUGAAGUCCAAAGACUGAAUUUACGAAACAUUCCAUCUUACAAAACCUUGGCUUUAUGGUUUGGCAUAGUCUUCCAUUGCCUUUCGCUGGGAAGUAGUUCGUUCGUCGAAGAAGAGCACCAAACGUGGUAUUAUUUUACUAGCUCAAUCAUGGUUCUGCUAACCAUACAGCAGCUACAAAUAAUGAACCACACGAUCGGUAUGAUCAACCAUCCACAAACGGAUGCCGCCUUAAUCGACGUUUGUCGCGAUGAGCGCAACCAAUUCUGCAUCUCUUCGGUCGCUUUCUUGUGCGUUCAUGUUCUCAUUCGACGCUUCAAUCAAACCGGAGACAAGUGGCAACAUAUUCCUGAUGUGGGUGACUGGUUAGCCAGCGAUGGAAACAAAGUUUGGCUGAGCUUGAGUAUGGCUGUUGGGCUGUUCUUUUUGGUGUAUCAAAUCUGCUGCCUCGGAGGGUUACUUACGAAUGUGCUUUCGUUAACUGCGGCUCUGCUGAUCUACUACUAUCGAGCCGUAACGGGCGCGGUCAGUUUUUUCGGGCGUAAUCCUCCAAAUUCAUCGGUUUGUCUCACAAUAUUUUGGAUUAAUCUCCUGGAAAUAUUCUUCAUCGGAUUCCUGCCAAAGAUGUACCGGUUGGUGAUGGGCCGCAGAAACCCAAAGCGAUCCACCGAGCUGUAUGAUAAUUGUCUGAUUAUCGUCGCUUUGUUAUCCGCACUGUUGCACAAACCGCACAAUGUACUGCUCGUCGGUGUACUAAUGGCCUCGAGUAGAUUCCUAAUACAACGAAUCGAUCGUGUGAUAGAGCAUUCGGAUACUAACCUUAUGUUCAAAGUGAUCAUACACUAUUGGUUGGGUAAAGCAUUUUAUUUUUAUCAGGGCAAUUCAAACAGUUUGGCCACAAUCGAUCUCAACGCCGGGUACGUGGGUCUGAACCAUUUCGAUAUUGUUCGUGUCGGAAUCUUCCUAACCCUGCACACGUACAGCGGACCUAUCCUCAGUUUUCUUAUGUUAAUUCAUCAUCUGUUCAAUGCGAACCAAAUGCCCCGAGUGGAAUCGGACGGGUUGAGCUCCCGACGUCGGAUUCUAUCGCUGACCAACUCUCUGACGAUGUUACCCGUAAGCUUCUUUAUCAUAGUGGCGACAGUGUUGCGAGAUCACAUAUUCGUGUGGACCGUAUUCUCACCAAAGUUAAUGUACGAAUAUUUCCACGUGUGGUUGGUUCUGAUAAAAAUCAUUCUAGUCAUGUGUUUACUGAAGACAAAUGGUACCAACUAA